CAGUGCGAGGCUGCUCGCUGCGAAUGCCUCGUGGCGAAGGCUCGGCUUUGCCUCGGACUGUGAAUACCGGGUGUGCUCGCUACGCGGCGUUCGCGUCGCACAAUUCGAGGCGAGCCGUGUGCUUGUCGGUAGAAGAGCAGUGCUCAAAGGUGCCUCGCCCCGAGCUGUGCGUCAAGUGAAUACCUGCGCUGUCUGCCUCGCAUCGUACAAGACACAAUUCUGCACUGCAAACUCAACAAGCCUCCACAACGAAACUGUCAUCAUGGAUAAUCAUGAAAUGAUCGGACAAUUAGUUAAAUGUUAUGAAACGAAACGUUUACUGUGGGACUCGAAACACCCUGAAUACUAUAACAAACACAAGAGAGAAGACUUGUGGCGCGAAAUAUCGCUAUCAAUGAAUGUUUCUGUAAAAGAUCUGAAAAAGAAGAUGACGUCUCUGUUGGGCUCUUACCGACGUGAAAGGUCAAGGGAAAAGAAAAGUCAAGUUACAGGAUCUGGCCAAGGAGAUGUUUACAAGUCACAAUGGUUUGGAUAUACAUUGUUUGACUUUCUUUCUGAUAAGGACACGCCAAAUGACACAUUCGAUACAAUGGAGAAUGCUAAUACGCAAAGGGGUCCUGAGGAAAAUCGAGAAGAAUCAUACAAUGAUGAAUCUAUUGCCGAAGAUGAACCACCGGCGUCUACAAAUACAACAAUGGCGUCUCUGAAGAGCGUAUGCCUCACCCUGAGGCAGAUGGCGCGAGGCAUUCGCAGCGAGCAGCCUCGCACUGUGAAUACACGCCUCUAG